AUGCCGGCAGCACCAAACCAUUCAUUCGGCUCUCCGCUGUCUCUCAAGGUCAUUGGACACAAUGCUGGCACCUCCAUGGAUGGCGUGGAUCUCGUCCAUGUCCACUUUACACAAGACUCGCCUUCUGCGCAACUGAACAUGCAGCUGCUUCACUAUGGCGAGUAUCCGAUGCCCCCCAAAAUCAAGCAGAGGGUCAUGCGCUUGAUCAAGGAAAACAAGACGACCCCAGAGGAAAUGGCCAUUGUCAACAUCCAACUCGGAGAAGUCGUGGGAGACGCAGUCAUUGCUUUCGCAGCGGAACAAGGGUUCAACAUCGAGACGGAGGUGGACAUCAUUGCGGGCCAGGGUCAGACGAUUUGGCAUUUGCCCCUACCAGAGCUCUUUGAAGGUGACCAAAAGCGUGCUCACCUGGACAUGGCGGAGAUUGCAACCAUCGCUGCCAACACAGGCGCAACAACGAUCGGCAACUUUCGUGUGUCCGAAAUGGCACUUGGACGACAGGGCUGUCCGCUGUUUGCAGCAUUAGACUCACUCUUGCUGAAUGACCGCAGCCUCAACCGCGCCGUGCAGAACAUCGGCGGGAUUGCGAAUUUUUCCAUUCUCCCCAAAGGAGAUGUAGAAGGCUGUUACGAUUUCGACACCGGACCAGGCAAUGUGUUCAUCGAUGCUGCAGUUCGAUACUUCACCAACGGGAAGAAGGAAUACGAUAAAGACGGUGCCACGGGCGCAAAAGGCAGUGUCUGGCAGAACACUGUCGAUGAGGUCCUCGCUGGUCCGUACUUUACGCACGACAUACCCAAGACCACGGGUAGGGAGACAUUUGGCGAUCGGAUGGCAGAGGAUAUAUGUGAUCAGCUUCUGAGCAAAGGGGCGGGCCCUGAGGACUGCGUCGCAACCAUAACCCGCAUUACCGCACAGUCUCUCGCCGAAGCCUACCGGCGAUGGGGCCCUCCGGGCGGCCUAGACGAGAUCUAUAUGGGCGGCGGCGGCUCGUACAACCCCAACAUUGUCUCGUACCUGCAAGAACAGUUCCCCCAAACUCGAGUAACGCGUAUCGACGAGAUCGGCAUCCCCGUCGGAGCGAAGGAGGCUGUUGGCUUUGCUCUGCUCGGGUGUGAGUGCUUCGUGGGCAGGCCCAUGAUCGUCCCGAAGCGCACAGAAUCCGAUCGUCCUGGCGUUGUAGGACAGGUGCAGCCGGGCAGCAACCAUCAUCGUUUGCGGCAACAUGUUGCUCGGCUUGUCAAGCAUGUCGAGACCGGCACGUUAAGUGUAAGUGGAAACGCUCGCCCGCAAGAUCACGCUGGCAUCGAGCUGGUAUUGACAGAGGCAGGCGAUUCUGGCGCACCAUGUCUUAAUUGCCGCCAGCAGGGGCGCGACUGUUCAAACGGCCAGCCUGCUGUUUUCUCGGCCCUGCAAUGGCGUCCAGAGGCGGACUACUCGCAGACACGGCAUGAGACCACAGCUUCGCCAGGCGGCGUUAAAAUCGCCUUCGUAGACGAGACUCAUGCAGUGUCUCAGCAAUACAAAGUGAUUGCGGACUUACCAGAUCUCACUACUGGUCAAAUGGAGGCACCGCCAAUCCCUAAGAGUUCAGGAUCAGCUGCGAGGGACGACGCGGACUCGACAAGCACAAGGCCGGCUGGCGCGCCGAUUACGAACAAGAAGGAUGCCUUCUACAUGUCCAGAUACGUUCAAUUCGUCGGCCCCUGGUUUGACCUUUUUGACAACACGGACCGCCACUUCAGCUACGUGGUUCCUGCUUUAGCAUUGAGUAAUCUCCUUCUGAGACUCUCUUGUCUAGCAGCGGCUGCUCGACAACACUCCUUGGUGAGUGACUGCGGCGACGGAGAUGCGUUGUUGUACUACGACGAAGCACUGCGCGCGUUGGCUUCCUGCCUGAAUGAUCGAGCACACGAGACCGCUACCUUUGCCAGCUGCCUGCUCAUCGCACACUGCGAGAUGGUUGAGAGCAAGGCCAACGACUGGAAUUUGCAUCUAAAGGGAACUCGCGAGCUGGUCGUAGCUCAAGGUUGGCAUGGGUCCAGCGGUGGCCUUGCGCAAGCUUGUUUCUGGAUCUAUUGCCGCAUGAUGAUCCUCUCGUCAAUGUCAUCCGGAACGCCGACUCCAAUUGAUACAGCUCACUGGUUGCCCUCUAACGAUUUUGAAGAUCCAGAGGAGUGGACUGCAGACACAUGGGCUCGCAAGACAGUGUACAUGUUAGGAGCCGUUCACAACUUCCUAUGUAGAUCUCGUCAUGUUUCUGAUCCAACUACAAUCGAGGCAGACAAGCGUGACUGGGACAGCCUCUCGCAGAAAAUCCGUCACCACCAAACUCUUUGCCCGUCAACCUGCCGGCCGCUGAGCAUUGUCCGACGGGAACCUCUCCAGGAGAUCUGCUACACCAACGGCUCUAUUGCAGCAGCAUGGCAGAUGUACCAUGCCCUCUGCCUCGUCCAUUCCAUCGGCGCCCCUUCUCUGCCAAACGAGCGCCUGACGACGCUUCAAGCAGCAUCAUCUACCGCCGUGGAGCACGCGAAGCUGAUCGUAGCCAAUUCCAUCUUCAACCGCUUCGACACCGCCUGGGUCAAUGCCGUGCAACUUUUGACGACGGCAGGACACUGUCUGGCGGGCUGGCAGCUCCGCCAUGCCUGCAUGACGAUACUGGAGGAUAUCCGACGGACUACCGGAUGGAAGACGAGAGAGAACCUCGCUGUCUUGUUCCAUGCUUGGGACCGCGUGGAGUCCGCUGGCUUGUCGGUCUGUCCAGAUAGGACCACGGGUCUUCUCUUAUAUCUUUUGGAGGCUAGAGAUCAGAGCUUCUUCAAUGACCCCGAUGACUAA